AUGGCACUUCGAGAGUUGUACAGCAACUUCUCGACCGGAAUUUCGCCAUUCUACACGAAUAUCAUCACUGACGUGAAGAGAGGGGUCCGACAGGAUGUUACAAUCUCACCCAUAAUAUUCACAGCCACCAUCGAGAACGCAAUGCGAAAGUUGGAAUGGGACGGCAUGGGAGUGAAGGUUGAUGGUUGGAACUACACCAUUUGCGCUUUGCUGAUGACAUCGUACUGGUGA